CAAAUUAAGCAUCGAGUGUGUAUCGUUUUCGGGUAUCUUUUUAAAGCCAGUGUUCGUUUUCUGUUAAUUAGAAAUUCUCGGCACGCAAGUAAUCCGAAGACCAUCACGUGUUUGCACGCUUUUCGGGGAGACGUUUUCUGUUGCAUCUGUGACUCCCACCGUCACCUGGUAACAUCCUUCUUUUGCAAUGCGAUUUAUUUUGCUCUUUAACCGUGAACCCUGGCAGAUGGAUAAAGAGAAAGGAGAGGGGCCGUCCGAAAGUAAGCAAAAUGUCUACAUCUACUAAUCCUUCUACAAAAAAAAGUCUCAAGCAUUCUGCACGAAAUUCAAAGAAACCUGUGAAGCCAUCAAGUGCAAGGAGCUAUGGACAUAGAAGUGGAGAAUCUUCAAAAUCUGUUAAACACAUGGAAGCUGCUGGCGAUUCUUCAAGUGCUGAAGGUGAGAAAACAUCUGGCAAGAAGGAAAUCAAUAUACGUGUCAUUGAUGACUGUAAAAGUCUAGAAGAAACUUUUUCCUGCCCAUAUGAUAUACUCAUCAACAGAAUGCCAUAUUUUAAGGAUUGUUUAGAUGUAGAACCUGAAGGAGAACUGACUAUAUCUGUUCAUUGUGAUAUCCUUGUUUUUAGAAAGAUUAUGGAUUAUAUAUUGGCAGAUUCAACUGGUGGAAGUAAAAAAUUUAAAUUUGAUCCAAAGUAUGCUAUACAUCUUCUAGUUUCUGCAGAUUUCUUACAAAUGUCUCCUUUAGUAGAUGAGUGCUUAAACUACUGUCAUAGGCACAUGAAUAGUGUUAUUGAGAAUAAUUGUCCCAUUGGAGCAUUAAAUAAUGAUCUAUUAACUAGGCUUGCUUUACUAUUUAAUCACAGAGAAGUUGAAUCAUUAAAAGAUCCAAGUGGAGAAAUAAAAGAGAAACUAUAUAAAAUAUUAUUAGAUCGUCUGUUAAAACCUGAAACAAAACAACCUAAUCAAAGGUUUAUACCCAAAUUUAUGAAAUGUACCCUUUGUGAGCAAGUAUUUGCAACAAAACUGCAAAAUUAUAUGCCUUGUAAGUCCAGAAAAGCUACUAUUGGUCCAAGAGGUGAACUAAUAUAUACACAUAAAAGAGAUAUGACUUGGAAUCUUGAUCGAUAUUUGGAAGAUCAAUUUCAAGCUUGUCAGUCAUGGAGAAAGAUUUAUUGGAGAAUUUGGGGUCUUCUGAACAGUUUAACGUGCACAACCUGUGGCACUGAAUUUUCUUGCUGUGAUUUUACUAAAUGUCCAUUCCAUAAAGAAAAUAUGACUUUCCCAUCUGCAGACCAGACUGAGAAUGUCCAUAAACCAGGUGUUUUUCCAUGUUGUGGAGCCAAAGCUUAUAAAUUUGAUCCCAUUGAUCCAUUAUUUUUAUUUUCUGGCUGUGCAUAUCGAAAUCAUACUGUUAGUCCUGCCAAAAGAUCUUCAGACAUUUUUCAAGAUAUGCUAACAUAUUUUGAUUUAAUUUGUUUGCCUCAACCUUCAAAACCUACACCAAAUGAAAAUGUGGGCUUGGAUAGAAUUACUCCUUGCCACAGUGAACGUGCAUUAGUACAGUGGCUAAGAGCUUUGAAACCAAAUAGUGCAGAACUCAAGAAGGUAAUAAAUGUGUUGGAAGAAGAAGUUGGUUCUAAAUUAAGUGUUUCAUCUGAUGGUAGUGGGUCAGUAAAUAGAUCUGCAGAAAGUCUGGCAGUUGGAAUUUCACGAAAAGAAGAAAAGCAGCCUUCUCUUUUCACUCCUUUGCUUUCAUCUUUGGGUCAAGCAGAUGGUGCUCCUGAUGGCAAACAAGUUUGGAAGCCUGGUGGCUCAUUGUGGCACAAUCAAGAUGCUGUCAGAGAACAUGAUGCCCGUCAAAUGGAAUUAUUGAUGUUGGAAUUACAAAAAGUUCAAUGUAAUUUCAGAUCAAGGCAUAGUUCUCCUGGGAAACCUUAAAAUGCUUAUUUAUUUAUUUUUAUAUUUUUUUAGCUUCAAUUUUUAUUUUAUUAUUUUAUCUGUGAUAUGUUGCAGACAAAUUUAUUUACAAACAUGACACUCAAAACUUAAGUAGACCACUUUUAUAAUGGUGUAUAUUAGUCACUUCAUAUUAAAUAUUUAAAUAUCUUAUCUCUUUUAAAUGUUACAUUUGAAAAAGUAACAAUUAGAGGGUUAACAGUUUAUCCAUUUUUAAGAUGUAUUCUUUCAUUGAAGGAAACAAGGCAAAAUUUUAUCUCUAUAAAGUCUUCUUACUAAAUUAUUUUAUAAAUUUUUUGUGAGACAUGAAUUCUUCUAUAGAUAUAACAUUCAAUUUAUUUGUAGCAACACAUUAAUUUAAUAAGUUAUGUAAACAUUGAUUUAAAGUUUGCAUUAAUAAUGUUGUGAUUUUCAAAGAUAUGUCUGGUUCCUUUUUUGUAGACCUCAAGUUAUUUUUUUCUUAUAUUAUAAAAAAUGUUUUUAUUAUAAAAGAUUAUAUUGUAUGUAUAUAUUAUUUUAUAUAUUGUUUUCUCUAACCAAAUCUGUACAUCAAAAACAUUAGCGCAUUUUUAUUUAUGCACUAAAAAUAGAAUUAUGUAUGUUUUACAAAUGUGAAAGUCAAUGCAAAGAUCGGAAAAUCAUGAGAUACUCGAAAUGUUAAGCAAAGGAUGUAAAACGCUAGUGAAUAUAUUAAGAAAGAAAAUUCUUAAACAUUAUUCAAAUUAAAACAGGAUAUGAAUGCGAUUAAAAUUUUGGGAACUUUUAUCAGUACUUAAUGAUUUUAUGACUUUUGUUUUGUUUUCCAACUUUUGAAGGGGGGGGGGGAUUGUGCUUUUGAAUAUAAUAUGUUAUAUAAGGUUUGUUGGAAACUGUUUUAUUAUUGUUUGUACUAUUAAAUACUAUCACUGAUGAUUCAAACAUUGAUGAAAACAAUGAAAUUAUAUUCUAAUCCAAUAAAGAAAAGAUAAAAGUAAUUUUUUUUCUUUUUUAAAAAAUUAUUUUUGCAUAUAAAAGCAAUAAAAUUUUUCAUUUGUAUUACUUUUUAAUAUAAUAUGGCUGAAAAUUAUGUAUUUGUUCUCCUGUAUCUCA